GCCUCCUGCCUUCGCGCUGCUUUGCAUGCGCUUGAUAGCAGCGCCAACGCUGUCAUUUGUGACCAUUUGUCGAAUCAGCAGCACGACUUGGUUUGGCAGACCGCAAGACGUUGCCUACUGACGUCGGUAGGUGAGCAAAGACGUAAUUUCUUUCACCAACGCGUUCAAUCUCAUCGCCAUCCACCAACCCACGCGCCUACCGUUUGCUCAAACACCCCGCCCACGUUCACCUGCGCCGGCCCUUUGGUAAUCGUGCUCACUCUUCUACUGUCGCAGCCGACAGUGUGAAUGCUGAAGUUCAACCCAAUGCAGACAGGACUUCCGCUUCCGGCGUGCAAUACCUCCUAAACUCAUGGCAGCAAGGUAGCCAGCAUUCCCUUCAUCACAAUGGUCUUCUACACCACCAAUCUCUUCAAGACCAUCGUGUGUCCCAAGGUACGCGAAGGCGCAGAAUGCAAACUGCAUAACUGCAUAUACGGGCAUGCAGCAAACCCGCCGGCAGCGAAGCCCUCAGUCGCCGACACGCCCACUGCGCAGAGUGCACAAGCCGCAGAGCAAGACGCAGAACCACCACUCAAGCGCCAAAAAGUGACCUACCACAGCCUGGAGGAGAAACCGCCCAGCCGCGCAGACGUGAUUCGUAGUCAAUUAGCAGCCCAGAAAGCAAAGCCACCCGCCGCAGCAUCACAAAGCGGUGCGCAUGUGUCUCAGGCAGGUGGCCUUGGCCAGUCUUCCGCCCCGCCGCAAAGCCUCUCCAAGCCAGUCAGUCCACCGCCCACAAGCCGGAAGGUCACGUCAAUCUCCGACCUGCCAAACACCUCAGCUGGUACAACAGCAAACAAGGGCGGGCAUGAUCAUGCUGCGCCCGCACUUGUCAAGCCGGCAAAGACUGAGUCUUUGAACCCCCGACUCGUUCGCAGCGAUCCUGUCGGACAUGCAAAGCGAUCGCUCUUCCUCAAGUAUCUCCACGCCGAGUUGGCUCGACUCAAUCAGUUAGUGGUGAACGCCACGUCACUGGGUGAAUCAAAGGACAAGUUGACCCUGACACCUCAACAACUUAUAAGCAUGGCGCUGGACCUGGAGGAAAAAUUCAUCCGCGAAGGUGGCGCGGUAUACGGAAACGUCAUCAAGUCGCGCAUAGCUGGGUACAAGAAAAUGACACUCGAGGCAUGGGUUGCCGAGCUGAAAGUCACGUUCGUCAAGACCGAGUCGCCUCCUGAAAAGCCGCCUGAGAAACCGAUCGAGACCGGUCUCUCACUGCACCAGGAAGCCUUAAUUCUGCCGCAGCUUGUUGCAGAUCAGAAGCCGUUGGGAGCACACGGUUACAUCAUCACACCACCCUCCGCAGCACAGAUUGCAGAAGCCAAAUCAGCUGUUGCAGCGAGUCACAACUGGGAAGAAUGCGAUCGCUGUUCAGCCCGCUUUCAAGUCUUCCCCAACCGGAACGAUAAAGGUCUCCUCACUGGCAAUGGACCCUGCAGAUAUCAUCCACGGCGCAAAAUAUUCCCUCAGAGGACGAAAGCGAACAAGGAUGCGAGUGUGGAAGUGCGAGCAGCAUAUUACCCAUGUUGUGAUGAAGAGGUUGGCACUCCUGGAUGUACCACACAUGCUGAGCACGUGUUCAACACCAAGAGCCCCGCCAGGCUUGCAGCUGUUCUGCCUUUCAUCACUACGCCCGAAAACCCAUCUCCGGCGAGAGAUCGCCAAGGGCGCAGCAUUCAAGCUGUCACUUUCGAUUGCGAAAUGGGCUAUACGGCGUACGGCUUCGAGCUCAUACGAUUGACCGCAGUAGCUUGGCCGACCAACGAAGAGCUGAUCGAUGUGCUUGUGAGACCACUAGGUGCUGUCAUCGACCUCAACAGCAGAUUUUCCGGUGUCUUUCCCGAAAGCUUCACAAACGCCGUGCCAUACGAGCAAUGGAUGAAUGACCCGUCACCAGCUUCCGCCGAGGGCGAGUCUCCCAAGCUACCGAUCGUUGCAAGUCCAGCGAAGGCCCGCGAGCUACUAUGCAGCUUCCUCACACCGCAAACGCCUCUAAUCGGACAUGCUAUCGACAAUGACCUGAAUACAGUGCGGCUCUGUCACCCGACCAUUGUCGACACGGUGGUACUCUACCCUCAUCCGAAAGGCUUACCCAUGCGUUUUGGCCUCAAGAUGCUCACGCAAAAGUAUCUGAAUCGACAGAUACAAAUGGGAGGUGACCGCGGCCACGACUCGAAGGAAGAUGCUAUUGCUACGGGAGAUCUGGUGCGAGUGAAGGUGGCACAGAAGUGGAAAGAUAUGCGUAUCACUGGCUGGACAAUCGUGAACGAUACCCAGCUUGUGCCGCCUCCUCCACCUAAAAGCGAUCCUUCCCAGCUUUCUGACGAGUCGGCGCGGGCGUUAGCAGAGAGAGCGGCAUAUGGAACGCCGACUUCGAGGAAGCGGAGACGUCGGACGUCGGGAGAUGGAGCGGACGAUGGCAGCGAGAGCGAGGAGAACGAAACUGCGUCAGCAGAGGCACUCAAGGCCUGAGGCUUGAAGGGAGCUGAUGUGUGAGUGGCACAGAAUUCUCGAAGUGGUUCCACAGGCUUCACGUCGUGGAGAGCAGACAGGGAGGGGCCACCUGAGAUCCUAGUAUGGUCAUAACAUGCUAUGAGAACCUAGAC